UUUUAACCGGAAGUCCCUCCACAGUGUUGCACCGUGUGAGAGCAUGCAGACCAGCAGCUUGACUAGCGGUCAGUGAGUGCUGUCAUUCAACCUCUGAGGACGGUAGCUGUUAGCUAGCAGUGCGAAGACAUCCACCAGGAUAACAACCGUCUGUGUAGUGUGAGAUGCCAGGUGCUGGUCCAUGGGUGUGAGUCGACUGGAUGUAUUUUACAGAAGGCUGCUCCUCACCAAACUCUUCAUUGGAGGAUGGGGGAAGCCUGAAGACCUCAAGAGAAUCUUUGAGUUCCGUAAGCUCAUCGGAGACAGAGAGAGGUGCAGGUCUCUGGUGCCUAAGGACUAUCCAGUUCACAUAAACAAGACAGAGGAACACAUUGACUGUCAUAUCCACGAAGGGUUCUUCAUCUCUCCUCUGGAGCACUUGGUUCCUGGAAUCCUGCCACCAGAGGCCGUCAAAGCCAGGUUCCAGUUCAUAGUUCCUAAGAGGUGGCAGAAGAACAGACCAGUAUGCAUCCACCUGGCGGGGACUGGAGACCACUUUUUCUGGCGUCGACGGACCCUGAUGGCCAGGCCCAUGGUUAAAGAGGCGGGAAUGGCUUCACUGCUCCUGGAGAACCCGUAUUAUGGCUAUCGUAAACCCAAAGACCAACUGCGGUCCAGUCUAAAGAAUGUGUCAGACCUGUUUGUGAUGGGAGGGGCUUUGAUCCUGGAGUCGACAGUGCUUCUGCACUGGCUGGAGAGAGAAGGUUACUGGCCUCUAGGAAUGACGGGCAUCUCCAUGGGAGGAUAUAUGGCAUCCCUGGCAGUGACCAACUGGCCGAAGCCCAUCCCUCUGAUUCCCUGUUUGUCCUGGUCCACUGCCUCUAGUGUCUUCACCACGGGAGUGCUGAGUAAAGCCGUGAACUGGAAAGAGCUGGAGAAGCAGUAUGCCAUUAACUCGGUGUAUAAUAAGGAAAUCAUCAAGCUGUUGGAGUACUGUGGGGCUGAUUCCUUUAAGAUGGGUCCAGACUUUGCCAAGAAUAUGGAUUCUUUAGAGCAUCUGUUGGGCCUGUCUGGAGAUCAGAACCCCAAAGCUGGAGGGGAAGCUGAGGCUGGGCGAGGCCUGUUGAUUGGUGGAGUCCCUGAAGGGGGCGGGGCUAGCGUCGACCAAUUGUUGUCAUCAGUGAACAGCAGUGGGAUGAGCUUGGACACUCUACCAAGAAGCCUUCAUGCAAACAACACACUGCCUGGGAAGAAGAUGGAUUUAGCCAAAUGCUAUCGUCCGUCAUUACAUAGAGAGUCUAUAAGCUUCAUGAAGGGAGUGAUGGACGAAUGCACACACAUGGCCAACUUCUCUGUCCCCGUAGACACCAGUCUCAUUGUUGUGGUCCAAGCCAAAGAGGAUGCCUACAUCCCUCGUACGGGGGUCCUCAGUCUGCAAGAGAUCUGGCCAGGAUGUGAAGUCCGAUAUCUGAACGGAGGACACAUCAGCGCAUACCUGUUCAAACAGAACGUCUUCAGACGGGCCAUAUACGACACAUUCAACAGAUUCUGCCUGAAGUAUCCCAACCUACACUAGCCACGGCAGGCUGAAGCCCUUUCCUCCCUGUAACACAACCAGGAUCAGUGGCUGGACGUUGGAGAAAACAAUCCUUGUCCAUAAAACAGAAAGUUCCCUUUCCAGUUUUUCACAUGACCUACUUCUAGAAAGCAACUAAAACUGAUAAAGUAAUCAAUAAUGUUGUGGGAUGUUCCUGCCUGUAUAUGGUUUUUAAACUAACACUCUAGUUUCACUUUGGUAAACUAGUGUUAAUGGACUACAACCCUGUGUCAGUGCAUCUUCUCCUGUUUUCACUGGUCCACACCACCACACUGGAAGUGUUUAUCCUGAUGUGACUGUGUUAUUAAUAUUUCACCCAGAGACUCUGGAUAGGACACACAGAACCAGCCUGUAAUAUUACACUGAUAUCAUACGAGAACAAAUAUCAACUACUACAGAAUAAUAGAUUACUAUGGUAAAUCAUCAAUUACAAGAAGAAAGACAGUUUCAUGAGGGAGAAAUAACUAAUAAACAAUUUUAACACAUUUCAUUGUUAUACAAAUAGAAAUUGAAUUUGUUAUAUUUAUAAUAAAUAUCCGAUUUUCAUGAAUUAAAACCCUGUUUUUGAUAA